AUGCCACCCAAAGACCCCCGUCGCUUUCAGACCCCAUCUCAAAGCCCCGAAGCUCCCAUCAGACGUCCUCCUAUUUCUACAUCUCAACGAGCUUCUCCAUUUACCCCGGCUCCCACAACUGCCGGAUCCACAUCUACCGGUUCCGGGUCCGGAAUGAGCGGAUCGGGAUCCAACUCACCUUUUCAAUUCUGCUACACUCUGAUUAGUGAAGAUCCUAAGGUCUCAGCUGCUCCUCAAUCCAACUCCUCCCUGAACCUGCCAUUUCGCCCUCCAACUUCAAUACUCGGAAGUGCUGCACAAAUCACUUCUCCUCCAAAAAAGACCAAUGUACAGGCCAUUCAGUCCUUGAUUUCGUCAUUGAGAGAUGAAUUAGUUGAAAUGAUCAGACGGAUAGAGGAUCGAGUCAGUAUGAUAGAAGAUCAGCUCGAUACCAACAGCAGCCAGAUCACAUCCAUCCGUGACGACUUAGGCCAAGCGACUCACAUGACAAAAUCAUCUCUUGAUGCAAUGAAUGAUCGUAUAGGCGAAUUAGCGGAGAGUGUGGGAAAUAAACAAGACAGAGAGCUCACCGUUGCUGUAAGAAGUCCUGCGGUCCAAUAUGGGCAUGCUAGAUGGAGAGCGAUUACAUCAAUUGUGCGGAAGACUGUUAACUUUCUAUACGACUGGCAUGAACGUGGACCCUUACCGGACUAUCCCGAAACACCCGAGGAAUGGCCACGUUUCCACAAUGAGGACGGAAGCCUUGGAUCUCAGUGCCUUCGUUUUGACUGGACCGAACCUGUCAAUCACAUUCGCAACGCCAGAGGAAUUGAAGGAAUUGUGUCAUUUCUGUUGAAUGAUCGGGCUGCAUGGCCAGCUUCAGUUCAAGAAAUUGAUAUGGCAGGUGAAGUCCCUCCUGAAGCUUUUCGAGAAGCUGCCAAAAACUAUUACAUCAGCCUUAAGAGAUCACGUCCGAAGGAGCAGUAUGGGAGGAGCGAAGAAUUUGAAGGAAGGGAUUGUGUGGACCAAGAGGAAUUGUUGGAUAUGGAGGAAGAUGAAAAUCGACGAUUCGCUGGUGAUUUCUCAGGAGUGGAUUCACAACAGCUAUUGGGGAUUCUUGAACAGAAUGGACAGUGGGAGAAUCAAGACGAGGUAAACUCACUUACCUUACAAGAUUUUGAACAUCCUCCAAAUGAUAUGCCUUCCCAAGUAUCUGUUGGAAAGCCGUCUAUUGGUGCUGGAAGUUCGGUUAAGGGGAAAGGACGAGUAGCCGCUUUGGGGGGAGUCACUGGUUUGAAUGUGAAGUCUUUACGAGCUAGAAGAUCUGCAAACGUCGCAGAAUGUAAACUCAUGACUCAGUUGGCUAAUGUUGUGAAAAAUCGCCGUCCUCAUGUAGAAGCGUUUAAGGGGCAAGAAUACGAGAUCUUGGAUGAGAUUCAUAGUCAGGUGUCUGAGGAAGGUGCUGGGGCAGGAAGGGUGUUUGUGCAGGAGCGAUGGAUGUCCGAAGAACCGACUUCGGAAACUUCGGUGGUUGAACGGCCCAGCUGGCCUAUGAAGAACCCUGAUAGAUACCUUCAACGUUGGCAGCUGAGUAAUGAGUUCUAUGAGGCUCAAACCAACACGCGAUACUGGGAUAUAGUACCUGUGGAUAGACCGACCCCUUUUGUGGUCAUUCGCAGCCUUCCCUGGUACGUCAACCACCCCAAACGUCAGUCAGGUCUUCCAUUGUCCACAUCAGCAGCGUCUACCAAUUUGAAACGAACCAGGGAUGCGACUGAAUUGGAGGAGUAUGACGAUGACAAUGAUCCUUCAGGUGGUUUGGAUGAUGGACCAGGAAGACCACAGGGACGAACAAGCGCCUCACGCUCGCCUUCCAAACGGCCAACCCCGUUACCAUGA